AUGGAGCUGCAGAGUAGAUUGGUGGAGAAGCAGGGGGAGCUGAAGAGACUCAAGGCUGAAUAUGAAGCUCUGCAGAAGCGCCACGAGAAGGUGAAUGCGGACAAGGCAGCACUGGACGUGAAGCUGACAGAGUCGGGGGCGGAUUGGGGCAAGAAAGCAAUCACCAAGGAGGCACUCAGCAGGGCAACGGAGCUGCUGCACAGCUGCAAGCCGCAAACAGGACCUGUAAUUUCCAAGAAGGUUCCCAGCUGGAAGGGCUAUUCAUGUUCCGCUACAGAGCGCGAGCUGCAACGCUACAUGGACUUUGAGACGAGGGGCAUGUGCCCUGACGACUGGCUGUUUGUCCAAGAUUUGAUUUUCCGCAAGCAGUGCCACUCGCUGCCCAAGAGGCGCUGCCUUGCUCGCACGGCACACAAGAUAGUGGAGCCCCUAUCAAGACCCGCUGCUCUCUUCUCCCAAUCUGCCCUCCAAGACGCAUCAGUGCGGUGGAACAACCAUGCCUUCUCCUCCUUCGCCUCCCUCAACGCCCUCUCCCCCUCCGCCCUCGCCACCGCCACGGCCGGCACGGGGGACGCCUGCGGGCGGCAGGCGGGUGGCGGGGGUUGUUGGAACAUGAGCGCGGAGGCGAGGAGGUGGAUGGUCAAGGCCCCGAAGAACACAGCAGCGGGAGGGGCACUCACUGUGAAAGAAGUCAUUGCGAUCAAGAAGGGGGCUCUGAGGAUUGGGUUGGACUUCAACGGAGGGUCAGGAUCGUUCGCAGCGCACAUGGCGAGGCACAACGUGACCAUGAUGACGUCAGCAAUGAACCUCGAGGCCAACGUGGGGCGCAAGAAGGGGUUACCUUUUUUGGAAACCAUUGCCCUGAGGGGACUUGUUCCCCUGUGGCUGCCCUAUAAGGUCCGCCUGCCAUUCUAUGACAACACGUUGGACAUCCUACACGCCACCAACGCCAUCAAGUUCAUGCCUUCUCCGGCUGAGUUUGAAGAGGUUCUAUUCGAGUGGGACCGCGUGCUACGAGUCGGUGGAGUAAUGUGGUUUGAGGAAUUCACAGCCUCGGCAGCAGAAAUGCCCUCAUAUUUGUCAGUGCUGGACCUUCUAAAGUACCGCCACCUGCAUUGGAACCUCACCCCCCCCAAGGCCAUGAUUGGCAAGCCGGCCGGCACCGUCAUUCUGCACUGCCUGCUGGAGAAGCCCAUGCGCAAAGACUUGUAA